CUAUACUACUAGACGACUACUAGCCUACUACACUACACUCACACAGCUACGACAGAUCAACGCAGCAGCAGAGCAGCAACGGCACAAGCAACUGCGACCGCACUAGACCAAGGCGAGGCCCAUACACGGCAGCAUCAUGUCUGACCCGGACCGCCCUGUCCUUCGUCGCGUCCACUCUGCCAGACCUACAGGCAACAACGAUCUCACACGGCCCUCGGGCCUCGGUCGUAUCAGAGUCAGCGCGACUCGACAAAAUAGUAGAGAGUGGAUACCCGGUUCAGGCGCCCACUCGCCACAAAUCCCCUUGAUCCAUGCACAGCAGCCGGUCGGUGGCGGCUUGUCUGCAGGCGCACAGAUUAUGCACCAUCAAAAUAUCUCAACGACGCAUCUUGAAGAUCUAGAGACAUUUCCGAAUACAUCCUUGCAUGCGUUUUCAUUUGCCGUUCAGCAUGAUACCAUUGCAGCGAGGCAUAACAUCGUCAAGCGAUCCCUGGACUACCUCAGAGAUAAAUUUGGCUCAAAACAGGAACAAGUAGCGGAAGAGGAACGGCCGGCAAAGGUCAAGAAACCUACAUUUGCGCUUGAUUUGGAAGGCGUUAAUGAUGGCAUGCUGGAUCCGAGUCGGCAGGGACCUAAGACAGCGCCGUUGACGUUCAUCUCACCACCGACAUUCAGUACAGAGAGCUCAGAGGCGAGUACAGCGGAAGGCUCACCCGAUGUAUCGCGGUCAACAACGCGCACCUCCACCUCCAAUCAAUCGACCAUGCCGCCUCGUCGACGUUCCUCCUUUGUUGAACGUCAGGAAGUUCGCCUGGCCUUGCACUCUUCCUUGUCGUGCACCAAUUUACCCUCUCUCAAUACAGCCUAUCAGCAAUCUCCCCUCAUGCCCGUCCAUCCAACCAAUCGAUGGGGCCAGCAAGCAACUCAAGCAGUCUUCACCACAACACUCGAAGCACCCUGGUCGAUCCAAUCUGCGAAUGACUAUGCCAUGAUGAUUUUUGGGAUGGGUCGGGAUGCGAUUCGGAAACGUACGAGUUUAUUGGAUUAUGUCGUGGAAGAUCGACGAGAGUGGUUGCGGGAAAAAUUGCAGAGUGGUGCGAAUGAGGAUAAAGUAUUGUUGUGUGGUGAUGUGUUGCCGGUCAUCAAGCGGCUAGGUACGGGCGCUGCGAGUUUAUGGAUCAAGGAGAAGCAACUUGGUCUUGUUUGGGUGAUUGAAGAAAUUGAGGAAGGGGUUGUGGAGUUGCAGCUCGAUUCAGAGGACGACAAGGUCUUGCAAGUGCAUGGCGAUACUGUCAAGAUCUUUGAGCGCGAUGUUCAAGGUGAGUUUCUCUCUGCCAUUCUACCAACCUUGCCACGGGACUCGGCCGGUCGUUUGGAAAUGCAGCAGAUCAAGGAACGCAUGCACUUUACCCUCAAAAGUAGUGCUUCUGUCGCACCCUGCACCGUUGAACCGAGCGUCUUUUCAACAGACGAACGCCAUAAGCUGCGCGUGUCCUUCCUACCACACGUUGCAGGAAUCAUUAUUGUUGGUGCGCAGCACUUGGAUGUCAAGUCUGCGAAUGGUGCCUUUACGAGUUCUUUGUUUGGCUACAAGGAAACUGCUGGCUUCCACAUUUCAAGGCUUAUUCCGCAUUUUGAGUUGUUGCUCAGACAACUCGAGGAGCACAACGGUGGUGAAUUCGCAGAAGGCACAAUUGUACCGGAACUGGCAUUCAGGGAAGCUGGCAUCUACCUGACACGUCCUGAAGACCGACAUGUCUUGCAAGGCAUUCAAUCCCUGCAUUGCGAUGGUUGUGUCUUGCCCAUUGAUAUACAAAUGCGUGUGGCUCAACAGAGUGAUGGCGAGGGUGGAUUACUCUAUGCACUGUGGGUUUCCUAUGAACGCGCAUUCACGGUGUCACGCGAUAUGCAGACCUUGCCUGCAACGAAGCGUGUUGCCUCAGAAACCUCAUCGCCUGCUGAAUCUGGUGGUGAUGAGAUUGUACCGCGCCGGAUUGGUGAGUAUACCAUUUUGGAAGAAAUGGGCGCUGGUGCGUAUGGUCAAGUGAAAUUGGCACGGUAUGGCAGGAAACGACAACGUGUUGUUCUGAAGUAUGUGACAAAGUCGAGAAUUUUGGUGGAUACAUGGACACGCGACCGUCGACUUGGGACUGUACCCUUGGAGAUUCACGUUUUGAAUCACUUGAAGCAGCAUCCGCAUCGCAAUUUGGUGGAGAUGAAGGAUUUCUUUGAGGAUGAUGAAAACUACUAUAUUGCCAUGACGGCGCAUUCACCGGGGAUGGAUUUGUUUGACUAUAUCGAGUUGAAUACCGAUAUGCGAGAGAUUGAGUGUAUCAGCAUUUCCCUGCAAGUGGCACGCGCACUCGCACACUUGCAUGCACUGGAUAUCGUGCAUCGCGAUAUCAAGGAUGAGAAUGUUGUCUUGGAUCGGAAUGGAUGGGUCAAGUUGAUUGACUUUGGUUCAGCGAAUUACUGUCGCAAUGGUCCCUUUGAUACGUUUCAUGGGACGAUUGAUUAUGCGUCGCCGGAAGCACUCGAGGGAAAACCGUAUAAUGGCAAGGAACAGGAUGUUUGGGCGUGUGGGAUUCUCUUCUACACGCUCAUCUACAAGGAGAAUCCCUUCUACAACAUUGAUGAGAUUAUGGACCGUGAUUUGCGAGUACCGUACAUCAUUAGCGAUCGAAGCAUUGAUUUGGUGCGGCGGAUGCUGAAUCGGGAUGUGCCUAGUCGGCUCACGAUGGAAGAUGUACUACAGCAUGCGUGGUAUGAAGGAUUCGAGGGGGAUGCGAUUCAGCAGCCUGUGCGGAUACCUGGUGAGAUGAAGUGAAUAGGAUGUAGCCUUGUACGGGUAUUAUUUGAUGGUGGUGCCCAAUAAAAGUGAAAUCAGCCAGAAAAGUGAAAGAAAAGGCCACAAAAUAAAAGCCGUGUCAAGAAAAGGCCACAAAAGACAGAGAACAAGGAGAAGAAAGGGCCACAAAAGACGGAG